GUUUGAUGCGCUGUGACCAUGCAGCAGCAAGCGCAGGGGGUUUCCAGUGGCAUGUACAGAUACAUGCACCGCUGCGAGAGUGGAGUUAAUAUUCAUGAUGUCUUUGUCGAGAGGAGUGCAUUCCGGGUGCUGUUUUCAUAUGUCGGUGCGAUAUUUCUUCUUGCGAAUGUUUGCCGUACCUUGUUGUCACUGGAGAGUUUAUGCCUUGGUUCCUUUUGGAGUGUUCCGUUUUCUGCUAUCGCCGCUAAAUGCUUGCAAUACAAGCCUGUGAAGAAAGAGUCGUUAAUGAUUAUGCCAAAUUUCGGGAUUCAGCUAGAACAACACUUUUGGAGUGGACUAGUACAUCGCAAGUUUGUGCCCAUCAGCAAGAUCCUAAAGCCGGUGCUGAAUGAGUGUGUGACCCCUGUUACAUGCUACUGGAGCUUGGCAUUGCUUUUACGCGAUGAAGACGAGAUCAUGCUCGUUUUUCAGAACCUGCGUCCACCCAUCAAACUGUUGCUCCCAAUCUGGAAAGCUCUGUGCGCAUUCACAAACUCCAGCAGCAUUAGCCCUUCCAUGCUUCUUCAAGAAGGUGAUUGGCAUAAGCAUGUUGAUCGAGAUGGUGCUGUGGAUUCCUGAAUAGUUCCCUGAAGACCUCUCUCUCUGCCGAGUGACAACAGGAUGUUCAGUUGUGUCACCACUAACUGAAGAUAAAUUGUCAAGUGGAGGAUUUUGGUGAUACCAACAGGGGUCUGAGCCUCUGAUCCUUUCGGUCGGUCCGACCGAAUUAUUUCUCUUUACCUGCAGAAGAAACUGAAUGCUCCACUUGUAACUUUGGCCUGGCCAUGUGGUAUUUCUGUCCACUGAAGGAGAUUCACAACAGAAUGUACCACAAUGCUUUUUUCAGUUCCUAGUUGGUAAUCCAUGUUCUGGGGUGCAGAUGUAGUGACACUGUAAGGAUGGUCCAACUGCUGAUGAUAAAAUCUUGGACACUUGCAUGCAGUCAUAUCC